UCCGUGUUCUGAUUUCUUCUCUGCUCCUUCUUACCACUUCCUAAAACAAAAAUAAUCCCACCCUCUCCUUCUUGAGGGGAAUAAUUAUAACAAUAGUUCUGUUUUUGUUUAUAUAUACAUUUUGAAUUUAUCCAGUUUCAUUUGGUUAUUAUUAUUAUUUAUAUGAACAACAAUAAAUAAUUCAAAAAAAUGAUGUUUAGCAAGGUCAUUUAUGAGGAUCAACCGGAGCUAGAGGACGACGGCACGAAGGAGAAGCCAUACGGAAAGAUGAAAUUCGUUGCGGUUAUUAAGGCAGAGAUUUUCAAGAGCUUGGUGAACGGAGGGGUGUUGAAGGCUGAGAAAUUCAAGAGUUUGUUGCAUGAUGGAUAUAAUGGUAGUGAGAAACUCAGGUUCCUCCUUAUGGUUGCAAGAAAGAAAUCUUCAUGGAAGGUUUGGGUGCUUAGAAUUGCGUAUUUGGUUCUUCUUUGGACCAUCUUGGUGCAAUUCAAGGACAUCAUUGGAGACAUGGUUACACCUACGUCCUUUAAGACUCGCUCCUCACUCACCACCGUCGCCUCGCUCUCCCCACAAAGGACUUAUGAGAAUAAUGGGUAUCUAACGGUUUCUUCAAAUGGAGGAUUGAAUCAAAUGCGAGCAGGAAUAUGUGAUAUGGUGGCCAUUGCAAGAUAUAUGAAUGUGACACUAAUUGUUCCUGAAUUGGAUAAUACCUCCUUUUGGAAUGACUAUAGCCAAUUUGCAGAUAUAUUUGAUGUUGAUUAUUUCAUCGAUUCUUUGAGAGAUGAAGUUCGGAUAUUGAGAGAACUGCCUCCUGAACAGAAGCACAAAGUGGAAUCACAGUCCCUCUAUUCCAUGCCACCCAUUAGUUGGUCUAAUAUGACAUAUUACUAUGAAGUGAUUAUCCCUCGGAUGAAAACAUAUGAGGUGGUACACUUCACAAAAUCAGAUGCAAGGCUUGCAAACAAUGGAAUCCCAGACGAAGUUCAGAAACUAAGAUGCCGUGCAAACUACCAUGCGUUGAGAUUUACUCCCCCAAUUGAGAAAUUGGCAAAGAAGAUCGUUGACAUUCUUAGGUCCAGAGGCCCUUUCUUAUCACUUCAUCUUCGAUAUGAAAUGGAUAUGAUUGCUUUCUCCGGUUGCAAUGAGGGUUGCACUCACGAAGAGAUUGAUGAACUAACCAAAAUGAGGUAUGCUUAUCCAUGGUGGAAAGAGAAGGAGAUAGAUUCAGAGAAGAAAAGGUUAGAUGGCCUGUGCCCUCUUACUCCUGAGGAAACAGCUCUAACACUUCGUGCAUUGGGCAUUGAUCGCAACAUUCAAGUUUAUAUUGCUGCUGGUGAUAUAUACAAAUAUGAGAAAAGAAUGGAAAUGCUCCACGACUCCUUCCCAAAUUUGGUGAAGAAGGAGACAUUAUUGGGAGCCUCCGAACUUGACCCUUUCCGGAACCAUUCAAACCGAAUGGCUGCAUUGGACUACUAUGUGUCAAUAGAAAGUGAUAUAUUUGUUCCAUCAUACAGAGGCAACAUGGCAAAACUCGUUGAAGGACACAGAAGGUAUUUGGGGUACAAGAAAACAAUUCUUUUAGACAAAAAAUCCCUGGUUGAGCUGAUAGACCUGUACAAGAAUGGAACAAUAGGGUGGAACGAGUUCUCCAAUUCAGUGAAGGAAGCACACGCAGACCGCGUUGGGGGCCCCACUUCAAGAUCUGUGGUCCCAGGCAAACCCAAGUUAGAGGACUAUUUCUACACAAACCCACAAGAGUGCAUUCAGCAAUAACCAUAUUCCCACCUUCUCAUUUGGGAUAAUUUUAUAUUAAUCGAUCAAAUUUAUAUUAUUUUUGUGUAUAUUUUUAUGUAUAUUUCAUGAAAUAAAUUUUUUUAUUUUUUAUCUUUUA